UGGUUAUGGUAUGAUUUUCGAAUAUCAAUUUAGAUAAGAGUUUAGAGGUCAUAGGACGUCCUGAUCGACUUUACCCUCGUCCGAUUUCGAGUCAGCUCUCAUCCUCAUAUUCUUAUUCAAGUUAUCUGAAGAACUUUUAUUUGAAUUCAGAUACAUAUAUCUCAUUGGGCGAUUCAUUCUUUUUGCAUAUUAACCGAUUCAAUAUGUCUGAACCUAUCAAAGUAGUUGUAACAGGAGCAGCAGGGCAGAUUGCUUAUUCGCUUCUCUAUAUGAUUGCGAAGGGUGAUGUUUUUGGCCCCAACCAACCACUCAUUCUCUACCUUCUGGAUAUUCCCCCAAUGAUGGGAGUCUUGGAAGGAGUUGUAAUGGAAUUGGCAGACUGUGCUAUCCCUCUUCUUCAUGGCGUUAUUCCCACUGAUGAUCCAGUUGUGGCCUUCACAGAUGUUUCGGCAGCCUUUCUGGUAGGAGCUAUGCCUAGAAAACAGGGCAUGGAACGUAAGGAUCUCCUCUCAGCAAAUGUGAAAAUCUUCAAGGUCCAAGGAGAAGCCUUAGAUAAAUAUGCUAGAAAAGAUGUUAAGGUUCUAGUUGUUGGUAACCCUGCGAAUACCAAUGCUCUGAUUUGUUCAAAGUACGCACCAUCUAUUCCCAGGGAAAACUUCACUGCAAUGACCAGAUUGGAUCAGAAUAGAGCUCAGGCGCAGAUUGCUGCGAAAAUUGGAGUUCCAGUAGGAAAUGUGAAUAAUCUCAUAAUUUGGGGAAAUCACUCGUCCACACAAUUUCCUGAUGCUUCACAUGCCGUUGUUCAGAUCGAUUCUAAACAGUUGAAGGCUACAGAAGCUGUAAAGGAUGAUAACUGGAUCAGAUCAACGUUUGUUGAAACUGUACAAAAGAGGGGUGCAACGGUUAUAGCAGCAAGAAAAAUGUCGUCUGCCAUGUCUGCUGCAAAAGCUGCCUCAGACCACAUGAGAGAUUGGUUCCUUGGAACAGCACCAGGACACUUCGUUUCUAUGGGAGUGGUCAGUGACGGCAGCUAUGGAGCGCCCAAAGAUGUUGUAUUCUCCUUCCCGGUCACUAUCAAGAAUGGCAAAUGGGAAAUAGUACAAGGACUCCCCAUUGACGAUUUUGCUACUAAAAUGUUGAACAUAACUGGUAAAGAACUAGAAGAAGAAAGACUAGAGGCUAUCGCUAUUAUAGAAGCAUGACUAGUCAAUAAGCUUUAAAGGGUCAAACUGAAAAAAAUUUAAUUGAGCAAUAUUUUUUUGAUAUUUUCUCUAAAGCAAUUCUAGAUAUUGAUUUUUUGCUUGUUGAUACCAAUUUUUUGAGUAGAUGAUUCUCAAGAAAACAAAUUUGAAUGCCUUACUAAUCGUAUCAAACAAAAUUAUAAUUUUUAAUAUCUUCAAUCUUCACAAUUACUUAAACUCUGUAAUAUCUGUAUUGAUAUCCCACUGACUAUUUUUUAUACAUGAGAUCAGUUUUCCAAAGUUUAUUUUAGCAUUUGCCAUGUUCCAAUAUUUCAAUUUAAAUAUCCUAAUAUCGAUUGGAAGAAACACUACAGUCAAUAGUUUUUUGGUUUUACAAUUGUCUUCUUGAAUACACAAGCCAUAAUUAAAAAAAGUACUUCGUAAUGACUUAAACGAAAUGAAUAAAAACAUUUUUGUCUAAAUACCACUGGUAGAUUUUAUUUAUAUGACUGGUUUCGGGUUUGACCCCAUUAUAAGUAUAAAACUUGAUAAUGGGGUCAAACCUGAAACCGGUCAGAAGAAUAUCUUCAUAAACAAGUAGUAUCAGUGAUGCCAUAAUGAAAGAAUAUUCUCAAAUAACGAUUUAUUUGAUAUUAAAUAUACUUCAUCAAACUCAAGAUAUUGAAUAUUUCAAAGGUGUCCUUGAGGUUUAAAAUUAUAAGGUAAUACUGGAACUUUUUGACCUGUUAUUAAAAGUAUUUUAUCCAUAAUAUGAGAAGGGUGACUUUUAGCUAUGCUUUGUAUAUGUUUGUGAGUAUUAUAUUACUUUUUUCGUUUUGUGAAAUAUGUUCAAGGAAGUUCCUCUGAAAAAUAACAUGUACCAUUUUCAUCAACCUGAGAAGUGUGAAAGUGAAAAAGAGAAGGAAAACUCUUUGCGGAAUUCCAGUUUUCAGAAGAUUAAAUGACAAAAUUUUAAGUUCCCGUACUACCUUGAACCAACUAUUUAAAUUAUACUUUAUGUAAUUUGAUAUACUCAUUGUUGAAGGAAAACAAAUUUUUUAUUAUUUGUUGCAUAUUAAACUUUUAUUACAUUAUGUUAUAUUAAUUCUUUAGUUUGCUUCUUUAAAGCUUUUUGAAUUAGGUAUGUUUGACAUACAUGAAUAUUUGGUGAUUGUAUUGAUUGAAAUUUCAAAUGGUAAUAACCAUUUUCAUUUUUUUUUUUAUAUAUUUGGCGAUGCAAGUCAGCAACAAUGACAUAGUAUGUGCUGUGUCAUUUCGAAUUUAGGACAUAAAUUGGUGGUUAGCUUGAAAAAAUGUAACUUACUGUGAUCACCAUAAUUCUAUGAAUUUUUUCGUGUCGAAUAUAUUCGAUGAUUUAUUUCUAUAUAACAUGUUGAGGUGUAGGUAAUAUAUGUUCGAUAUAUCUUUAUACAUGUAAAAUGUAAUACAUCUCUGUUGAACAAUA